CUCACUCCACCGUCCGUCGACCGCCAAAUGCGCGCAAGAGUUGCAUUUAAUUGCAUGGUUUUUGCUUUUAAUUUCACUUUGUGGCAGCCACUUACACAUUGUUGCAUGUGCAUAGUUAUGCAUAGGUGGCAUGCAACUAGCCAUAUUCAGAUGUGCAUAGCGUAAUAGAUGUGUGGAACACAUUGGUGGCUGGAAAAUGUGUGAAAAAGGUGCAAUGACAUGACACUUUUCCUGUCGCUUAUUAUUAGCUACAGUUUUGCUUUCAGUUAGCAUUACAAAUAUUUGUUGUAAAUGAUUGUGUACAUGAGGCUGUCAAUAAAUGCUUUUAUUUUCUACAAAUUGCCCUAACCCUGAUUUUAUUAUAUUUACUUAAUUUUAGUCUACUGAUCUCUUGGUACCAUUAACCGAACAGAUUUGUUUUAAUUUUUGAUAUUCGGAGUAAUCAGAAAUGUGCCCUCAGAGGCACCCACUCACUCGUAAUAAAGGGGGUUUCAAUAAGAGCGCUACUAACGGUUUGGGAUAUCAAUGUAAUUAUUUAUUCUUGUGAAAGUAUAGUCGAAGCCAUUAUGUAUGGAACUCGAUUUCUUUAGCAUGGUCACCACGGGCAUGCUUGCAGAAGUCUAGACGCUGAACCCAAUUUUCGACGGUUUUCAAGCAUAAAUCGGACGGUACUGCUGCAAUUUCACAUUCGAUAUUCGUACGAAGUUCAUCAAUCGUCGCUGGCUUGUUGGCAUGGACCAUAGACUUGACGUAGCCCCACAGGAAAUAGUCUAACGGUGUCAAAUAGCACGACCGAGACGGCCAAUUGACUGGGUCAUUUCGUGAGAUAACACGUUCACCAAACUUGAUUUUCAAUAAAUCGAUUGUGACAUUCGCUGUGUGUCUUGUGGCGCCGUCAUGUUGGAACCACAUAUUGUCCAAGUCCAUAUCAUCCAAUUUGGGCCAAAAAUAUUCGGUUAUCAUUAAGUGGUAGCGACUCCUACGACGUUACUGUGAAUCGUGCCGGUCUUGAUCCUCACGGAAGAAGUACGGCCCAAUGACGCCGCCGACCCAUAACCCGCACCAAACCGAAUGCAAUGGUGACUUACAGAGUACGUGUGGAUUGCUGUCCAAUAACGCAUAUUUUUCUUAUUGGCGAAGCCAUUCAGCCAGAAUUGAGCCUCAUCGCUGAAGCUGACUUUUCGAUGAAAAUCCGGAUAAUUUUUAAGUAGUGCUCAGCUCAAUUCACGAACAUGCGACGAUUCUGGUGGGCAAGCGGCUUAAGUUCUUGCGUCAAUUUGAUCUUAUAAGGAUGUAGUCCAAGAUCUUUUCGCAAAAUUCGCCACAAUGACGGCAGAGAUAUUCGACGCUUAAGAACGAUGUGUGAGAGACUGAUUUGGGUUUUUCUCAAUUGAUGCGCUAGCGCCAGCAAUAUUCUCGACACUACGGGCACUUCUUUGUCUCACUGGCACGGGAACAUUUUGUACUGUGCCAGUGGAUUCAAAGCUCUUAAAGUUAAGGCCAUUGACUCCGAAUUUCGGUAAUCAAUUUUAAUAUCUUUCCAUGAUGAAAUGACAAAGCUUACUGCAGAGAAAUGUCAAUGUCUUUUGUAGCGUCCUAUUGGAAAACUAUUUACAUAUAAUUGAUAAAAAACCAUAUAUACUCAGAAUUUAAUAAGAUUAUGUUAAAGACUUUUCCUUGAAGUAAAAAUAUAUGUUUUAUAGAUAUUUUUCACUCCUAAAUAUAGAGACCGUUUACUUUUAUCAAUCUGAUAAUCGUCGAUAGUUCUAUACCCACUGCAAUUGAGACCUUUCAUCUUAAAAUUAUAUACAUAAUUCUUGAGCAACAAAAAACCAGAACCGAAAGAAAGCAAAGCUCCCAAAUUUUUAUUACGCACUAAAUAAGGGUUAAGUAAGACUCAUUAAGCGUCUCUUUGGUUGUGCUACAAAAUUAUCCGCUAUGUUGACUGCGCAAAAGCAAUGCAACAAUGUCAACCUACAUUUACUUUAGUUUCAAGUGAUGAUUGCAAUGCAGCGCUGGCUUUAGGUUCGAAUCAAACUGAGCUGCAACGGCAAAACAUGUUGCUAGUAAACAAAAAUAUAUAUAUUUUUUUAUAUUUGUAUGUGACUAAGUGUAUGGUCGGACAUAUCAUUUUCAUUUUAUGCACAGCCAAUAAGCAUUUCACGCUUUUACGCAUCGUCAGUGGCGUGGCUCAGCACGUUGCGCAUGUUUAAGCCGCGCUCGCACACACGGACGGACGUCGGACACCGGACAUGCGAAGACACGACAGAGCAACAUUGAAAACGAUACCAAACCAGCAACGAUAGUUCGACAAUCAUACUUAUUGCUGCCACUUGCUAUGUGACUCAAAAAGUGGUUGCUGUUGUGUUGUAGCGCAAGCUCAAGAAGGAAAGUGCCGAAGACACACCAACUCAGUGAGACUUGCGUUGAUGGUGUUGACGAUAAUGACAAUUAACUUACCGACAACGACGAAGACGAAGACAAACUCACUUGCAGUCGUCUUUGGCGUUGAAGCUUCUGUUUAUUUAUUUAUUGUUGUUAUUGUUAUUAGUUGAUGUUCGUUCGUUUCGUUGUUGCUUUGUUGGUUGGUCGGUCGGUCGCUUAGUGGUGGCUCAUCAGCUAUGCGCCUUGGUGAAGAAAUUUUAGUUGCGCGCUGAACGCGAACGAAAACGAUCGACGGUUAAACGGACGCGGAUCCAACUAGAAAAUCAUAAAAAAGAAAUAAAAAUCUAAACGAAACGAAGUGAAGUGAGAAAAAAAAAGAAAAAAAAAAACAAUUACAGAUGUAACAAGCGCAAGCGUUGAUUAGCGCAAAUGGACUUUUAAUGUCUACGCACACAAUGAGCGCAGGAGUGGCUGUCAGUCAUUGAUACUACCAGUACGUUACUUAUUUUGAGAUGUCAAUAGCCGACAGGCGCCAGCUUGACAUUUCCCAAGUGAAUAAGUGAAAGAGAAUAGUAAAAGUAAAAGUGUAAAAGUGUUGCCAAGGAACUGCAACUGAAAGUAAAAAUAAUAAUGUGUAAAUAAUCUCCACAUAUGCUUGAACUCUUUCGUGCGACUUUGUGUAAUUGAACUGUAAGACCCUCACUCAUAAACCCCUCUUAAAAAAAAAAAAACAAGAUAUGGAUAAGCCACAAACCGAUAAGACUUUAGCUGCAAUACCCCCAAAACCUGGCUCGCCUACCGCCUCCCACGCAUCAUCCGUCGCUUCAAUUGGUAGUGGUCACAGGACGCAUGGUGUGCAGAAGUUUUGUUCGAAAAUCCGACACAAAAUCGAAGAUAAUAUAGCUCCGCGACUGACGGGUAAACUCUACAAAUCGCAAAAGCAUUCGAUUUCGAUGAGUUCACUCAGUAUUGUGGAUUCGACUAACGGCAAGUAUACGAACAUCAGUAAAAAAUCGACUUUGCCUUCGAUGCCCGCAAAGACGGAGCAACAACAGAGCGCUACCACUUCAGCACACCGACGUCUCACUGGUAUGUUAAAGCACCAGCGUCAACGUAUUACGAAAUCUACAAAAACGCUCACUAAACGUGAAAUCUCAGCGCCGAUUGGUGAGGUUGCAACCAAUUCGGGUAUAAUUUGUCCAGCACUACUCGAAAAAGGUGGUCUAGUGGACGGUGUUCACGCACAGGAUCCAACAGUACAAGCUGAUUCACCCAGUGGGAGCGCUAAUUAUGUGGAUAGCGAUGAAGAAUAUCAGCAGUUAAGCUUGAAUUUAACGAAACAAUCGUUGGAGGAUGAAAUCUUCGAGGAGCUCGAGAAGGCCGCACACGACGAAACGAAAUUAAAUGCGGUUUUGAAGAACUUUGAUCGUCUGCUUACCGACUACAAUGAGAAACCAGCUGUAAGUGCAGUGGUAGAGACUGGGCCACGUGUGGAAUGCGAUGUAGCGGUAGUAGAGGCGGCAGCCGCAGCACAGCUGGAGCUUUUGGCACUAGAGCCGCCGGUUGCUUUCGCUGAUAAUGGCAGUGAGCGGAGUGAAGGCACAAUAGUAGAAGGUAAGGCAGGCCUGCCGGAGCCAGUUGAAGAACAUAUAAAAGUUAAGCACACGCCAAGCACAGAACUUGUUGAAACAUUAUCUGGUUCUAUUGAAAUCAACAAAAAGACAGCUGAAGUGCCGCAUACAUUGGAAACUUCUAAGCAACCUGAAACGGACAAAAGUGUGAUAGAAUCGAACACUUCAGAGAUCAUAUCGCAGGAGUCAAAAGAUGCAACUGUUGCUGAACAAAUCGCAGAUACCGCAGGGACAAAUAUCGUCGAGAACUCACUGACUCCGACAUCGACCAGCACAAACAUCGCUUGUAGUGGUACUGUCACUGCGCCCGUUACUGAAGACUCCAUGACACCACCACAGCCACCUGUGCGUCCUAAGCGCUUGGAGAAGUCCAAGUCAUCUCUGGCUCUACCUAGACGCAAUGUCUAUCAGUCUCCAGACACACCAACACUACGCAAUAUACGUUAUGCGCUAGCUACGCGUGCACGUUCCAAAUCCGUGUGGGAGUUGACACCAACCACGGCUGCGACUACGGCAAAUAGCAAAAUUCCCAUUUUUAUAGCAUUACCAUUACAAAAGCGUAGUAAUAGCUUCUGCAGCGCUUCCUUAACGGAAAUGAUUGGCAAGCAGAAGCUGAUCGAUACCACGAAUUUAACAACCGAGAAGCGUGUUGUGGCAAAUAAAAUCAAGGACUCCCUUACUGGGUCAGGCAGCCAACGACGUCGACUGACUAAGGACUCCCGAUCUGCAUCUGCGCUUUCGUUGGGGGGUAAAUCACGUUCGCGCUCGCUUUCUAUAAACCGUACACAGCAGCCGUUGCAGUCAACUACACCAUUCUCACCGCAAGACCAACCGGCGUCUGGUCAGCGUACUAAACGUAAGUCAUUAUCUGGGGAAAAGUUGACACGUAGCAAUUCACGCCUACAAAUGGAAAGAACCAAAUCUUCUAUUGGUUUUAAUAACUCCAGCACGGUUAGCUUAAACGCGGCUCCUCGCCGCACACCCUCCAGCAGCAGCUUGAGCAGCAGUCAGCACAGCAAUCGCAGUUGCGGAAGUGUGUCGCGUGUCACCAGCGGUAGCACAUCGACGGCACGCAAAUUGCAACGUAGUCGCGACGAGCUGUUAGACAAGUGUCUGGAGAAGGGUCAUGAAAUUUUGCGCAAAGUGGAAUCGAUAAACACGAAAGUUAGCGUGCGUAAGACCACAAUUGCAACAACACCAAAAUCUAGUGGCAGCAAAGCAACGACGGUGAAGGUGGCGGCCACCGCGCUAUCAAAACGCGCUGCUACAACGACGCCAACAGCAGCGUUGGCCAGCGCACGUACGAAAGUGAAAACAGCUGCCAGCAGCGGUGCAGCGUUGACAGGUAAAAUUACGAAAGAUGCGUGUGAUGGCACUAUGCGCCGCACCACCGCCACCACUCCUCCAGCGUUGGCUUCCACGAAACAGUUGAAAUAUGCGAAUGAGGAGAAAGUGCCGCAACCACAGCUGGAGUUCUGCAAAAUAAUACCACCCGUAUUGGGUGAGACAUCCGAUAAGCACACCGAAUUAUUGGUUAAUGUGGUGCAGGCAAAGUUGAAUGCGCCUACUGCCACACAACAGCUGCCGAAACAGCAACAACAAGCGGCAAAUAAUACGCGAGUACAGCAGACAUCAGAAAUAGCAGACGACUUCAAACCAGCGCUAGAUAUAAGCCUGCCCGUCGAAAAGCUAAUCGGUGUGGCUGCUUUGCAUCACAGCAACGAAUCGGACUCAGACGACUCGGGACACAUUUCGAAUGAGAACGACACAACCAUUCAUACCUUAUCCACAUCCACUACCUCCAGUGUGAGCCUAUGCGAAUCUGAUAUUAUCGAAGAGGAGAGCGCCACAACUCAGGCAGCGUCGGCUGACAGCAAAACAUGCGAUUUAGCACAAAAUCCGAACUUCACGCCAACUAAAGCUACCAAAGUAUCGGAGCUUUUACAGAAAUUCGAGCAGCAAUCACAUGCGGCGUCUGCACAUACGACUUUCGGCAAGCCCAUCGUGCGUGCAACUACCAGCAAUCCUGCUAAGGUCUGCACUGCUACACGCGUCGCGCAACUCGAGGCCGUACAAUGCAUACAAACCCAGGUGGAGUUCUAUCCGACCUACAAGAAAGAGGUAACUAUCCGACUGCUUUAGUGCAACAGCUCAAUUCUAUGAAGAAUGAUCUUCAAAUAUAAAUGAAGCGCAGCAAAGCGUGUACGAACGAAGUUUUGAAAUAUCCGUGUAAUCCAACCAACAACCAAACAUCCGCCACGUCCUUUAAUCCAACAGUAGUCAGUAGUUUUUCUGGUAAAAUUGGUGCAUUUAAAUAUUAAAUAUAAGUAUUUUUGUAUUUUUUAUAAUUUUUGUUGGUUUUGGCUACCUAAGCGUCCAAAUCCUGUAGUUUUUGUAUUUUUACUAUUUCUUCUCAUUUAAUUUUGUAUAACUCUAAAUUGUAUUGUUAAAGCAUUUGUUAAUCGCUAUAUAAUAUCUUAUUAUACUAUUAAAGUACUAUUAUUGUAUUUACUUUAUAAGUAAACUGUCACAAAUUAUUGUUUAUUUUUUUAUUUUAAUUUCUUUUGCUCUAAUAAAAUACUAUAAUAAAUACCAAAUCGUAAAUAGUUUUCUUUCACCCGCUAUGUAGCUACUCCAAGCUGUAUUUUCUAUCAGUUUUCCCCUACUCUCUCUGGUUUUUAGUAUACGUAGUGCAGUGUUGUUAAAUUUUCUUGGUUAUUAGUUUGCAUUUCUAUUGUUUUAGUAUGAGUCCCAAUCUGUUUAGUAUAAUCCUUACUUGGUUUGUUGUAUGGGUAGUAUUUGUGAUGUAUUAUGGGAAAUUUAGUAAGUAAGUCGAUAUGAUAUAGAAUUACCAAAAUCCGUACUAUCCUUUCCUAAAUUUUCCUUUCGUACUCUCCCUCACCCUACGAUUAUCCCAGCAAAUACUUUCAAUUCGACCUAACAGAAAAAAUAAUAAUUGUUUAUAUGAUCUCCACAAUCAAAUUCGCUAAUUUGUUAAAAAAUAGUAUUCUUACCUCGAGGCCGAAAAUUGUUAUGAGUACUUGAUCAGCACUCGGUGUUUAGUAGAGAUUAAUUGUAUUACUAUCACCGAACUGCCUCCAUUUUUAUAAUAUAAC